AUGGCAGAUGGUGCAUUCCGCUUCACUCAGCCUGGAGCAGGGCAGUUUUAUCCCUCACAACACUCUCACCACCGCAACCAGAACCGUCCUGCCUCGCCCCCAGGUCCACGCAGACCGUUUCCUACCGACCCCCCCUCUCCAUCACGAUCGCCUGUGAAUCCCGCUUUAAGCUCCAAUUUCAACAUGUAUUCACAGAAUGGCUACCAAACCCAGCACGGUCUGAUGGGUGCGGCACAAAAUCACCAACGAUAUGGCAACAUGCACAUGUCUAAAUACCAACAGCCUCAUCAUGGCCAUCACAAUGUCAAUCAGCACCAUGGCCAGCAGCAUCAUCAUGGCGGACAACUCGGCCAUCAGCAUAGUAUUUCUGGUGGUGGCUUUCAAUCCUCUACUCCGCAUCUUCCCACCUAUGCCCAUGAACACAUGCAAAAUGGGAACGGAAAUGGCUUGCCUUCCGAUGAACCCGAACUUGAAAUCGACAACGAGCAUUGGCGCGAACAGAAGCAAUACUGGGACGAAAGUAAGGAUUUGUCGGGCCCUAACCAACGUGCGCGCACUGUUGCCCAUCAUUCUAAAGGUGUAAACUAUGUACCUUUGGGCGCCGCUGCGGAAGAGAUUCAGACCGAUAAUCGGGGAGUCGCACCAUCCAAUGGGACCGUCGUGAGCAAACAGACUUGGGACGAGCUUGACCUUGGUGGUCAAGGCUUGUGUGCCCUUUCACCUGUCCUGUUCAAUCCCUCCUAUCACUUCUUGAAGCGACUCGACCUGGUCUACAAUCAGCUUGAAGCCCUGCCUCCCGAGAUUGGCCGCUUGAAAAGUCUUGAGCAUCUUGAUGUGUCGUUCAAUCAGCUCACGGAACUCCCGGAGGAAAUUGGAAUGUUAUCGAAUCUCAAGCAGCUGUUGCUCUUCAACAACAACAUCCAGAGCCUUUGCUACGAAGUCGGCUUUUUGUAUAAAUUGGAAGUCCUUGGUGUCUAUGGCAACCCGCUGGAACAAGGACAGCGGGACAAGAUCACGGAAGGUGGCACUAGAAAGCUGGUUGAGUACCUCCGUGAAUCCAUGCCAGAGCCUCCCCCUCCACGUGAGCGUGAAUGGCACCAGCUGGAAGAGAUCGCCGAGAACGACCUCAAACAGGAUACCAUCAAAGCCAUCACUUACAACAUCUUAUGCGAUCGGUAUGCAACGCCAAGUUACUAUGGUUGGGUGCCUGAGAGAGUCCUAGGAUGGGCGUAUCGGAAGACGUUGUUGAUCGACGAGAUGAGAGAGAUGAAUGCCGACAUCAUUUGCUUGCAAGAGCUAGAUAGGACAAGCUACGACGAGUUCUUCCGACCCGAAUUGGCUGUCAGCGGAUACAAAGGAUUCUACGGUCAGAAAGGUCGUGCUGAGACUCUGGGAGACCACGCCAAAUUUGUUGAUGGCUGCGGAACAUUUUGGACAGACAAGAAAUACAUACUCUUGGAUUCACAGCAUCUUGUUCUAGGACGGAAAGCGGUGGAACGUCCAGGCGCAAAGGCAUCGGCUGACAUGCUCAACCGAGUCUGGCAGAGAGAUGAUAUUGCCACUGUGGUGCUGUUGGAAAAUCGUGUGACCGGUUCGCGUCUGAUUGUCGCCAACACUCAUCUCUACUGGGACCCCGCUUUCAAAGACGUCAAACUGAUUCAAGCAGCUGUGUUGCUGGAAGAAUUAACCAAGCUGUCAGACAAAUACGCGAAAUUCCCUCCGGCAACGAACAAGCAAGUCUUCCGAUUCUCGGGUUCUGAGGAUGAGCCCCUUCCCGAACCGGGACCAUCCUUGGCAUAUUCUGCCGGUAGUCAGAUACCACUCAUCAUUGCUGGUGACUUCAACGCGGCAGCAGGUACAGCUGUCUAUGAUUUGCUGACCAAGAAAGGAAUGAGUGCAGAACAUACCGAUCUUAUUGGUCGAGAUUAUGGACAAUUUUCGAAACUAGGCAUGCAGCAUCAAUUUACACUCAAGUCGUCCUAUGCACCAAUUGAGGAUGAGAUGCCGUUCACGAACUACGUCCCUCAUUAUGUUGAUGUUCUGGAUUACAUCUGGUAUUCGAGUAAUACUCUUCGAGUGGUUGGAUUGCUCGGCCAGAUCGAUCCAGAAUACCUUAAAAGGGUACCUGGAUUACCAAACUUCCAUUUCCCGAGCGACCAUAUCUCCAUUGCGGCCGAGUUCAAAGUCGAGAAACAGCGGAGUGUACAAAAGGCGGUCGAAGCCGACUUUGGACCAUCCAGCAAGAAGUAA